AUGCCUCUUGACACCCGCGCAAUUGAUCGCCACGAUUCACAGUUUAGAACUAAUCGUCUACGGCCGUAUUUAAAAAAUAAUGCGUGGUCCGGACCCAUUCUAAAUCAUAUCUACGCUGGUAUAUCCGUUAGCACCACGGCUGACAACAUAUCACAAGCCGUAAUUGCUGUGCGUGAUGACACAUAUUUGCUCGAUCUCUUAGAGCACGAAUUCGCUACACCAGCCACGUCUCCUAUAGCGUACGAGCACAUCAUCAGCCAGUUGAAGAAAUACAGCGAUGAACAUUCAGAAAAAGUUCUCGGGGUUGCGCUAUCCCGAUCGCUACACAAGCUUAUUCCUGCACUGUGUCCACAACUAUGGGCAGAGCUAGACAUUAUACCGAUUGUACUUGUGGAAGAGCCAGAUGCUGAUGCAACUGCCGAAACAAUGACUAAGAUCCAUUUCCAGCAGAAGACAAUUGAUGAGCAGGCAGAGUCGCUUGCUCGGAAGUGUGUCAGAUUUUUCGGACCAAACAAGUUGCCUAUGAUACAUGUUGGCUUCCGCGGCCUGGUAGAUGUCGAUUCUGGUUUCUAUAUUCACAUAGCUAACAAAGCCUCAUUCCAACAAACCGUGCGUGAAAAGACUUGGGCAGCUCUUGAACAUUACGCGUCGGAUCUCCGUCAUCGCCGUGUGAAGAUCGCUUUCUUCAGUGCAACGCCCCAAGGAGGGGGCGUUGCCCUCAUGCGUCAUGCACUUGUUCGCCUAGCACAUCAAUUAGACCUUGAUCUUAAAUGGUACGUGCCAAAGCCACGACCAGGUGUGUUCCGUAUUACGAAGACCAAUCAUAAUAUACUACAAGGGGUAUCUGGUCCGGACGACCGGCUGGAUGGCGAGAGUCAACAGCAAUUGAUUGAUUGGACUCGAGACAAUGCCAAUAGAUACUGGCUAAGAUCUGGUGGCCCUUUAUCUUCACCUGCAGAUGGUGGUGCUGAUGUUGUCAUCGUUGAUGAUCCUCAGAUGACGGGAUUGAUUCCGCUUGCGAAAGAAGUUGAUCCCCAGCGCCCAGUCAUAUACAGAAGCCAUAUUCAGAUGCGAAGCGAUCUUAUCGCAACUCCAGGAACUCCGCAGGCCGAUGUUUGGGAAUUCAUCUGGCGACAUAUUCGGGCCGCUGACGUCUUCAUCAGUCAUCCAGUCGACGAGUUCGUCCCCAAGAAUGUUCCACAAGACCGGGUUGGCUAUAUGCCCGCAUCCACUGAUUGGCUUGACGGUCUUAAUAAGGAGAUGCGUGAAUGGGAUACCGCAUUUUACGGCCGACAAUUUAAUCAUAUGUGUAAGGAUUCGGAAAUGCCAGUCAUCGAUUAUCCUACCGACCAAUAUAUCGUGCAAAUUGCUCGAUUUGACCCCGCAAAAGGAAUACUAGAUGUUCUCCAGUCUUAUGAAAUGUUUCACGAAAGGCUUACUAUGCUACAUCCCGAGAUGAAAGUUCCGAAGCUUCUGAUCUGUGGUCACGGGUCUAUAGAUGACCCUGAUGGCUCUAUAGUUUAUGAUGCUGUCCUUCAGCACAUAGAACAGGCUAUGCCGCAUCUCAUGGCUUUGAUUGCAGUUAUAAGGCUAGGGCCCUCUGACCAAUUAUUAAACACUCUAUUGUCCAAAGCACAUAUUGUGUUACAAUUAUCAUCACGAGAAGGGUUUGAGGUGAAGGUUUCGGAAGCCCUGCACAAAGGAAAACCCAUCAUCGCAACCAGAGCCGGGGGGAUACCCUUACAGGUUGAGCAUGAGAGAAACGGAUAUCUUGUUGAUGUUGGGGACACCGAAGCUGUAGCUCGGUACCUAUUGAUGUUGUGGACGGACCGUGGCCUUUACGAGCGCAUGAGUGCUUACGCUUUGGCACAUAUCAGCGAUGAAGUGAGCACUGUUGGGCAAGCCUUGAACUGGUUUUUCCUAUCAUCCAAGUUGUCUCAAGGAGAAGAAGUCCUUCCACAUCGGGAGUGGAUUCAAGACCUAGCCCGAAGGGAUCUUGGGCAAGCAUAUACCAAAGCAGACGGAAAGCUGAAAAGGUCCCCAAAAGAUUACGAACACUCUUAA